UAGCCUGCGGAGUGAUUUAUACUUUAUUGUUCUGCUGGCCCGGCACGUGACUCGGCCAGCCAAUGGGGUGACGGGCAGCCUUCAACUUAUUAGGUGACUGUACUUCUCCGUAGGACCAAGUUGUUACAUGAAAUCUGCAGUUUCAUAAUUUCCGCAGGUCCGGCGCCGGGGUGCUUGCGGGGCAAUGUCGACUUCGGGGACCCUCAGCAAUUAUUAUGUGGACUCGUUCCUCAUUCACGAGAGUGAAGACCUGGUCCAGUCCCGCUACGCCUCGGGUGCCCUGGCUCAGCCGGCGAGGCAGACGGCGCUGGGCGAGCCCCCGGACUUCAGCCCGUGCAGCUUCCAAUCGAAAACUUCGGUGUUUGGCACUUCCUGGAACCCGGUGCCCCCGCCGAGCGCCAACAAUGUCCCCGCCGUUUACCACCCGUAUAUGCACCACCAGCCACCAAUGGCAGCGCCUGACGGCAGGUACAUGCGGUCCUGGCUGGAACCCAUGCCGGGCUCCCUGUCUUUCCCGGGGUUGCCUUCGAGCAGGCAUUACGGCAUUAAACCUGAACCGCUCUCGGCCAGAAGGGGUGACUGUACCACGUUUGACACUCACACUUUGUCUCUGUCUGACUAUGCUUGUGGUUCUCCUCCAGUUGAUAGGGAUAAGCAGCCCAGCGAAGGUGCGUUCUCGGAAAACAAUGGGGAGAAUGAGGCCGGCGGAGACAAGCCUCCGAUUGAUCCCAAUAAUCCAGCUGCGAACUGGCUGCAUGCAAGGUCCACCCGAAAAAAGAGAUGUCCUUACACCAAGCAUCAAACGCUGGAACUGGAGAAGGAGUUUUUGUUCAAUAUGUAUCUCACUAGGGACCGUAGAUACGAAGUGGCGAGGCUCCUUAAUUUAACCGAGAGACAAGUGAAAAUCUGGUUUCAAAACAGAAGGAUGAAAAUGAAGAAAAUCAACAAGGAUCGAGCAAAAGAUGAAUGAUGUUACCCAGGUCAUUUAAAAGGAAAAUCCCCCUCCCCUCCAUUCCCAUCUUGUCCUCCUGGCCCCCACCUCUCCCAUCCCCAUACAAUGCGCCUGAAUCCAAGGCCUCAUUUUCUCUCCAAUCUCCUCCCUCCAACACCCCCCACCCCCGGCAAACACUUAUCAUUAUCGUACUUUGUCACAGUAGCACCAAGAUCUUGGCUUCCCCGUGCUAUUGAGGAGGUACUGUGGAGCUUUUAAUUUUCUAUUAUAGGAAAAACAAGGGGGCAUUAGCGCUGAUGGCUGUGUGUUGGCUUGUAUUAAAAAUAAAUCUACCUGUUCUUCACUUAAAAAAAAAACUACCUUUUUCAUAAUGCACAACGAUUGAUGGACUGUAGAGUUUAGUCUGUGUAGUUAAUUUUAUUUGCUCUUUGCGAGGCAGAGAGGUCUGCUGUAAUACUUGAACACUGUGUUUUAUUGUGGUGAUUAUGUUUGUGACUCAACUUAUGUACUUGGGUGCCGUACCAGUUGUGAGUGUGUAAACUAGAAUUCAAUUUGAACUCAGGUUGUUUAUGAGAAAGGUUGCAUAGAGUAUAGCUCUGUAGUGUAAUAAGUCUUUCUUCUGUAUAACUAGACAGUUAACCUUUGAUUGUAAUAUAUACAUAUAUAUCUAUCCCAGUUAAACUAAGAAAGGAAAGAAAGAGGAUUUGGUCCAAGAUCCUUAAGGAAUCGUGGUCAUCCCAACUUUUUCCAAGCAAGACGUUUUAGUAUGUACAGUUGAUCUCUAGUACUGUCUUUGUCAGUUGUAUAUAUAUUCUAUAUAUUAAAGAAAAAAAAUAAAUAAUCAGACUAGCUUGAAUAUUGUUUUUGCACCAGUAAACAGUUAUCAGAUUUCGGAGCUAUACGUUUAUGUGAAGAAGGUAACUACCUAUGGUUUACGUUUAAUUUUAACCGAAAAAAAAUGAUGCUUAUUGUAAUGGAGUUAAUUUUAUUGAUAAUAAAUUAUACACUAUGAAACCUGCCAUUGGGCUACUGUAGAUUUGUAUCACUAGAUGAAAUUGGGCCACUUCUGUCGGGCAGAACAUACACUGUAUAUUUCGCAAUAGAGUUACCUCAUGGCCUAUUGACCAAAUCGCUGUCUUGAAAUGAUAUUUAACUUUUUGCCAAAUAAAAUAUAUUGAUUCUUUUCUAUUUUC